AUGAACUUCCAGGAUGUCCACACGCGCCAGCAGGCGCAGGACGUCGCCCCUCCGCCUCGUCUUACCACGGACCAGGACCGUGCGGAGCACGCUCGGCGGCAGCGCCGCCUCCUCGUCGCCGAGGAGGACGAGCGGGCCAUGGCGGAGUGGCGCCGGCGCCACCCGGAGGACGUCGCCAACGAGGAAGCCUUCUGGGCAAGGCGCCGCGAGGAGCAGACGGCAAAGCGUCGCGCGGAGCGGUUGGACAGACGUCGGCGGAAGGCCCUGGCGUUAUCACAGUGCAAAAUCGCUCAAAAUGGUGGGCAGACGAUCUUUUCGUCUGAUGAUGACCGUUGGGAGGACAUGUGGCUCGAUACCUCGGACCAGACCAGCGAGGAUGACGAUGAUGAUGAUGAUGAUGACGAUUGA